CAGUUCUCGGCCCUGACAGAAGUGCUUUUCCAUUUCCUAAUGGAGCCCAAAGAGGUGGAGCGGUUUCUGGCUCAGCUCUCUGAAUUUGCCGCCACCAAUCAGAUCAGUCUUGGCCCCCUCAAAAGCAUCAUGAGAAGCCUCCUUCUGGUUCCAAAUGGUGCACUGAAGAAGGGCCUCACUGCCGAGCAGGUGCGGACUGAUCUCCUGACGCUAGGUCUUAGCGAGGAGAAAGCCACUUACUUUUCUGAAAAGUGGAAGCAGAACGCCUCGACCCUUGCACAAUGGGCCAUAGGUCAGACCCUGAUGGUUAACCAGCUGAUUGAUAUGGAGUGGAGGUUUGGAGUGACAUCUGGAAGCAGUGAAUUAGAGAAAGUGGGAAGCAUAUUUUUACAGAAUUAACCUUGCCUCAGUUCUACAGCUUCCUGCAUGAGAUGGAGAGAGUCCGAGCAAGCAUGGAGUGCCUCAGCUGAUGCUGUUUCCUGUUUCCUUGCUCCUGCCUCUUCCCUAGUGCCUGGCUACUCCAGGCUCCCAACUGCCUUGAGAGGCCACGGGCAAAGAAUUUCUAAAGACAAGUCUCAGUGCUUGAGGAGUUCUGCCUGAUUCUUCUGCAAGCCCCACUGGAAGCCACCACCUCCAGCUCCUGGGUGACUUUACACCUAGAUGCUCUGACAGCUGCUGCAUCUGAGACUGUUUCCUUUCUUUGGGAGGCAGGUAUUGUCGCCUCCCAUCCAACAGUUAACAAACGGUUCAAUUCCUUCAUUUUCAUUCAGACGGUUGAGUACUAGCUUGUGGCUGAGGAAGAGGCAGGUGGUGUGGACAGUGUGUCAGGAGUGGUCUCGUCUGUGUCACACUGUUUGGAGUAUUUGCCGAGUCGUCUGUGUAAAAGCCCAUGUUUAGUCUUCUCUGGAAGGAACUGAGGCCAGACUAUCUCUGGCUUUGUCUCUGUCUUUUGUAUUAUAAGGAGGUAGGCCUUUUGAGGCCAUCUUCCAUUGUUUGGUUCCAGAAAACCUUUUGGUUAGGUGGUAAUUUAAAAAGAAAAACAGUUUCUAAAGAAAAGCUCUGAAUCCACUGAAUAUCUUUCUCCAGGGUUUGAGAGUCAGCUGAGCUGGGUGUAGGGGCAUACACCUGUAACCUUGGACCAACUGAGGCAGAGACAGGAAGAUCACCAAAAGUUGGAGGUUAGCCAAAUCGGCCAAGUAAGAGCCUGUCUCAUACCAAGCCAGCCAUGGGGGUGAGAUUGACGGCUCUGUGGUUCAGCGCGCUCCCUGCUCUUUGAGAAGAGCCUGGUUGCUCUGUCCUCAGCAUCUACCUCUGGAAACUCACAGCAGCCUGUAACUCCAACCUCACAUCUUCUCACCUCCGAGAGCAGACACACACAUACGUGAGUGCACACAUACACACAUACACUCUGACACACAUUCAAUAAUACAAAUGAAAUCUCCUUUAAAAGGCCACAGGGUGUGGCACAGCUCAGUUGGGGAAGAGUUUGCCUAACAUGCAUAAAGCCUGACUUUAUUCUCCAACACUUCAUAAAACCUGGCCUGAGCUACUCAACCCCUUGUCUCAAAGAAAAUAAAACCUGGGCCAGUGAGAUGACUUAGCAGGUAAAUACACCUACCCUGAUGCCUGAAGACCUGAGUUCAAUCCCCAGGACCCACAUGGUGGAAGGAGAACCCUGAUUCCCGCACGUGUAGUCUAACCUGUACACACCCAUGCACACCCAAGCAUGCCUACUAAGUAAAGACAUAAAAUUAACAUAUUCAUUUUAGAUUUGGUUUUCAUGGUGCACCUAUAGUAGCUUACAACCCUCUGUAAGUCCAGCUCCAGGAAAUUUAAUGCCUCUGGUCUCCAUGGGUACCCUCGCUAAUGCACAUAAUUAAAGAUAAUAAAUCUCUAGCCUGAUUGCUUAAAUAUGCCUUUAAAAUUCUAUCUUUGGACCACAGCUAAUCUCAUGAGAGAACUAGGGGCCUUCACCAAAAAGAGAAUGGUCACUUGUUGUUUGAAAUAGGUUGUAGUUAAGGCAUUUCUGGAUGGCUUGGUGCUCACUGUAUACCCCAGGCUGGCCUGAAACUCAUGACAAUCCUCCUACCUUGCCCUCCAAAUGAGUGAUGGAAUUACAGGCAUGUACUCCACACCAUUUCUUUACAAGGGGCCAAAUACCAGGCUUUCCUGCAUGUUAAGCAAAACACAACUAUGUUCCCAGCCCAUAAAGGUUUUUGUUGUUCUCACAUUUAUUUAUGUGGCGUAGGCAGAGUCAUGUUUGGGGCCUUAUGGACUCAAGACAACCUUCAGGAGUGUGCGCUCCUCCCUCUGCCUGGCUGGCUGCAGCAGGAUAGGUCUGAGUAGACAUGAGGACCCCUCCCCACCUCUUUUUUUUUUAUUUUUAAAGAUUUAUUA